AUGAAGCUGACUACAGGCUUUCUAAAGGCCGUACGGCCAACCCUGAGAAAUCCUCUCAUACGGGCCCUGCAGCCUAUUCGCUGGGUGAGGUAUCAAGCGUUCGAGUCCGAUUUCGACCCCGAAGAGCUCGACAGGGCGAGGUCAUGGCACAAGACUUUUGAUGGCAGCCAGCUUCCCAGGGGUCAGACAACCUACGCACGCUCAAGCGGCCCGGGUGGACAGCACGUCAACAAGACUGAAAGCAAAGCCGUCACUGUGUGGCCUGUGAAAGAUCUUCUGCCGGUCCUGCCGAAACUGUUGCAUCGGAGCAUUAGAGAAUCCAAGUAUUACACGGCCAGGUCGGAUGCUCUGACGUUGCAGGCCCAGACGCACCGGCAUAGAGAGGCCAAUGUGGAAGAGAAUCACCAAAAGCUCAUUGACGAAGUCAAGAGGAUAUACCAGGAGGCCGUCCCCGGCGAGACGAGCCCGGAAAAGAAGAAGAAGCAUGCGGAAAUAGCAAAGUCAUUUAACGAGGGGCGACUCAAGCAGAAGAAGCAUCUGAGUUCCAAGAAGCAGAGCCGAAGGCCAUCGUUCGACUGA